GAAAUGUCGAUGCUGUGAAGAUGUAAGGGCAGGGGAAAUUGCUGGGUGACAUUUUUGCGUCACCAACCGUUCAAAUGAAAUGGACAAUGAUUAAUCCAGACGGCAUUCCACCGAUUUUUCCGGACGUAGUUCAUAGAGGCAUAGAAGGCGAGAUCUUGUCACGUCGUGGAGGCAGCGACUGGCCGGUGGUUGUGACCCCAACUACAGAAUCGGUCACUGCCAUCACAAGCAUCAGCUAUGUCGAAAGCGCCACUGGAAUAAAUGCCCCUAGAGCCGAGGCAUUGCAGCAGUACGACCUCAGCAACCUUCCCACCUUACGGCCAGCCUUAUCUCCCAGUGUCCAGCUCAGCCUGACCAUCACUUACAUCACCAUCUACUCCCUGUUGUUUACACUUAUUUACAUUCAGCUAUGGAUGAUAUGGUGGUACCGUCACAAGCGUCUGAGUUACCAAACUGUUUUCCUCUUCCUCUGCCUGAUAUGGGCUGGACUGCGUGCAACCCUCUUCUCCUUCUAUUUCAAUGAUUGUUUGCUGGCAAACAGGUUGCAAGUUUUCCUGUAUUGGCUGCUCUACUGUUUCCCAGUCUGUAUUCAGUUCAUGACGCUGUCCCUUCUGCUGUUGUUCUUUGCACAGGUGGUUUUUAAGGCGAGAGCGAAAUUUGAGCCCAACAGGUACAAAACCCCGUUACGUCUGGGUGUGGUGUUUGCUGUCAUCAUCUUCAUCGUGACGAACCUAGUCUGUGCGAUUGUGGUGAAGGACCAGGAGAAGCGGUACAAGUCUGUCCCAGUGGAAAUCCUGACGGUGCGUGUGGCCAUCAAUGAUACACUUUUCGUUAUCGCAGGCAUCUCUCUCUCCAUUUGCCUGUACAAGAUGUCUAAGAUGCCCUCAUCAAGCCUGGUUCUUGAGGCAAAGGGAACCACCCUAUGUCAGGCCAUGAUAGCCAGUGUAGCCAUUGUCUUACUGUACCUCUCCCGUGCUGUCUACAAUUUCAUAGCCAUCUACCCAGCCACCAGGAAGCGGGUACCAGGCUUUGGAUAUGACUGGGUUAAUGUAUCAGAUCAGGCUGAUAUCUUCACACUGGAUAGAGGAUACGCAUUCGUGUCUUUCGGGAUUGUCCUGUUUGUGUGGGAAGUGUUACCCACAUUUAUCGUGGUCGUGUUCUUCAGGGUUCGCAGACCCACUGCGGCAGUCAUGACAUUGUCCGAGAUUUCAACCCACAGCCACAGCUCCAAGUCCUACUUCUUUGACAACCCACGCCGCUAUGACAGCGAUGAUGAUCUCUCUAAGGCCGUCGAGAAUUCCAGGGGGAGCUACUAUGGAAUCAACUCUCAGUACUCAAACAAUCAUGCCGUUCAAGGGACACCCCAGGAGGGACAAGGGCAUGUUAACAAUGGGGCAGCAUUUGGCAGUUUCUCUUCAGCGUCGGGAAGAACCACAUCAGCUCUGGUGCACAGUGGUCAGAUGAGGGGUGUGGUGGGCAGCUACCAGCAGUUCUACGAUGGCACAUAACCACCUGACUGACAGGGCACUGACAAGUUUGACCUUCUGCCUGUAGGUCUAACAGAUACAGCUGGACAUAUGUUGAAGUCAAUAGCAUAAACAUGGACAUUCUAAAAAUGGUUUAGGUUUGACAUAAUAGGAUACUACAGGUCUUUGGUUGUAUAGGCCAAAAUAUACUACAGGUCUUUGGUUGUAUAGGCUGAAAUAUACUACAGGUCUUUGGUUGUAUAGGCUGAAAUAUACUACAGGUCUUUGGUUUUAUAGGCUGAAAUAUACUACAGGUCUUUGGUUUUAUAGGCUGAAAUAUACUACAGGUCUUUGGUUUUAUAGGCUGAAAUAUACUACAGGUCUUUGGUUUUAUAGGCUGAAAUAUACUACAGGUCUUUGGUUUUGUAUGAAAAUAUACUAAUCGUGUAGUCUUAUAGACUGAAAUAUAUUACAAGUCUUUGGUUUUUAAGAGAUGAAAUAUACUACAGGUCUUUGAUUUUGUAGAUAAAUAUACUCCAGGUCUAGUCUUAUAGACUGAAAUGUAUUACAAGUCUUUGGUUUUUAUGAGAUGAAAUAUACUACAGGUCUUUGGUUUUUAUAGGAUGGAAUACCUCAGAUUUUCAGUGGCAUAUGAAAAGAAGCAUUGCAGCAAUUUGGGUCUAAGGAAAGAUAUAUUGUUAUGCUUGACUGCUUGAAUUGUGACAGUCAGAGGUUUAUGUUUACAAUUAGGAACUUAUUCUCCUAAAUUUGAGCCUUUGUUUUAUCAACUAAAAUAUCUGCAAGCUGUGUCUGACGUCUUUUGAACCCAUGUGAUCAACAUUUGGUUUCAUUGUCUACCAUUAAUGUUUUGCUCUCAAAAGCAAUCGCCACCAUUGUAAUACUUGUACUUUGGCAGGUGACACCAUUCGCUCAUAGGAAGAUCACAUAGUGUUUGUUGUUAUCCUGUAAUGGUAAUCUUGUCACAGCGUGAUUUAUUUAUAUGUAUGGAUUUAUUUGAUUGGUGCUUUAUGUUGUACUGGAGAAUUUUUUGCUGAUUACAUUAAUGCCAUUAGGUUUUGGGUGAGGGACACAAUAAAACCACCAACUUAUCCAGAUACCAGACAAACCUCCUGAUGGGAUAGUCAUAACCUUACCUGAACAAAUCUGGUUUUUAGAUUUGUUCUUCUCUAUAGCAUCGGCAUUAUUAUUGGAGUAGCCUUUGACCCAGAGCUUUCAACAAGUCCAAAUCUCAAAUCUCUCAGCUAUUUUGAACUUGCAUACGGGUCAACAUUUUCUUUUCUGCUUGUUUUUUGUGUCGCCAUCUUACAUUGUUUAUGUUGAUAAAUAGGGGAGUUUGAGGUUAAGCUCUUUUGUUGUUGAAGGUAAAAAAUGUCCUACUGUGUCGUGUUAGUGAAAUAAUCACCAUAUACUAUAACAUCAUCUGAAAAAAGUUUCACAAAAAUUAUUUUUGAGAAGAUGAAUGAUGGAAAAAACGCUGCAUAUUUAUGAACUUGAAGUUCUUCAACAGUGGAAUGCAGAUACACCGGUGAUGGGUAAAUUAAUGUCAACAAUGUUUGCCUAAGUCACAUUACACAGUUGGACAGCUUUAUCUUUAAUGACAAAAGAGUUCCAACUGGAAACUGCCACGUUGUAACAUUCCAAUUGUCAGGAGUGGUGAGAUCGUGAAAACCUCAUCACUUUAAAGUGGGUUUUGCAUGUGGUGUGUGAAGCACUAUGGACCAAACAUAGACCAGUCAAGGAUGUUGUCAAAACCUACAAGUUAUGCCUGUUCUGUAAUUGCUUUCAGACAUUACCAACAUGUUGACACAUUACAAACAUACUGACACAAUAAACCACUUAAGCAGGUUUGUUUUGCUGGUGACAUGCAAUCCAUGCUUUGCUAUUUUAUUUUGUUUAGAAUAGUAUGUCUUGCCUGGCUGUACUACUGUAGUGAUAUGUCACCUCAUUGGCCUGUAUGUCCUUGAGGGAGCCGGCAGGUCUAUUUAAAGGCAUCAGGGGCCAAUUCCACAAAGCCAUUUCUGACUUGUCAAAAUUUAAAAUAUGAUUUUGUAGCUCAUUUUUGGGUUAUAGAGAGAAAAAUUUUGAGCACCUCCUGAAUUUUAUCUGAAGACAAACUGGCCAAAAUUUAAACUUCCAGUACCAAAUAUUCAGCAUUGUGAAGAGGUCUUACAUUUUGACUUAAGUCAGAAGUGGGUUUGUGGAAUCUUCUCCAGUUUAAUUUUGUGUGUAAUUGUGCCUUCCCAAGGGGGCAGUUGGACAUGUGCUGAAAUACAAAUAAUAAACAGUUGCCUGUGCUGGUGCUGUAUAACUGUAAAGCUGGCAUAAUACCUUUGUUCAGCAUCUUAUUUACUAGUGUAUUGCAAACAUCUUGGAUUAUAUUUAUGUACGUACCUGCUCUCUAAUAUUGAGAACAGCUCUGUUAUAUUACUGGUGUUAUAGAUGUGUUUGGUACGCCAUAUCCAGGGAAUGUGACCUGUAUGUAUUGUAUAAGAGGCAUGUUUAGACAAAUUAUCAUGCUAUCGACAGUGUCCUGUCUCUUUUGAACCUGACUGCAUCAGUCCUGGUUAAUUGUUUUCCAUGCAUAGAUAUAUGUAACUUAAAAAAAUUACUCUAUGGUUAGAGGUAUAUAAUACAAUAAGUACAUUUACAAUAAGGGAAGUGCAAGAAUUAUCAUCUCUUAGAAGAGGCUCUUAAAAGCGAUAUUAGCUCUGUGGUGAUCUCUGUUAGAAGUCACUAAACUAUCUACAUACAAUGUGUGUAUAUUGUUACUAAGAUUUUUUGUGUUUGAUUUCGUACAGUGUUUAUGUAAUCUUAAUGUAUCAGCCAUGUUCAAGAACAGUAGAACCAUUUCCAGUGUGAGGGUGUCGUGAGGUGGGGGUGAGGCAUUGGGCUCUCAAUUAUUAUUUUUAGGGGCUGCCUAAGAAAAAUGGAUGCUGACCAAAAAAAAAAAACCGGGGGAUAAGAAGUACAGUAAGCCAGUCACACACUCUGCCAACCCUCUUUUAGUGCCACCAAUGGGGGAAAUCUACAAUAGCUAAAAAUAGCUACAUGAUUAUCCAGGACCCAAUAUUCCAGUAUAUUACUUGUUUUGCUACUGAACAAUGGCUUUUUGAUAGUGAUAAAUAUUACGUAUUGUUAUUAAUAGUAGGAUGUUUUGAGAACUUCUUUUUCUGAACCAAUAUAGAUUUUAUUUAUUACCAAAUUGAAGCAGUAUUGUACAGUGAAAGUAUAUCGGGUUGAAUUAAUUUUAUUAGAUUAUCAUAUUUCUGUAUAUAUUACAUGACCUUGUUCACUGUAGUUCAAACAAAUUACUGUGUGUAUUUUUAUCCACAGGUAAGCAGAAUUCUUUACCAAAACAUUGUCUUUUUCUGUAACCAUAUGCAGAUAGAUAUAGUGUAAAUGUUUAUGUCAGGCUUUCAUUAAGAACAUCUUCUGACUUGAAAGAUUUAUUGACCAAAUUAAUGAAUUUUGGAGACAUUGUUCCAAAAAAUAUAUAUGGUGUCUUUGCUGUACAGGUUGCUGAACAGGAACAUCCAGGGCAACAACCGGAAUACAAUGUGCCACACCCAUGACAACAGAUACUACAGUGUACCACAUCCAAGGCAACAAAAGACACAAUGUGCAACACCUAUGGCAACAAGAGAUACACUAUGUGACACCCAUGGUAACAAAAUGUACAGUAGGUUACAUCCAGGGCUGCCAAUGUUAGAGUGUAUGACACAAUGAAAACAAAGGUAUAUUAAACAACACCCCUGGCCUCUAAAAGUACAGUGAGCCAUUUCUAGGGCCACAAAAGAUGCAGUGUUUGGUAUUGAAAAGGGCUUUGUUUGUUUUCAAAAGAUCUUCUCCAUGUAUAAGUGGCACACUUCUUUACUGACAUAAAAAUAAUACUAUGUACAUAAUAUUGUAUAUUUAUGUGUAAAUAGAUAUAUAUGUUUAGCCCAUGGAUUAUCUUGUGAGGAAAUCCAUCCUUUUAUCACUGGAAACCCUGCAGUUUCUCUUUCUCUUGUUGUGCAUCAACAGUUUAGAUCAUGGGAUUUUAAUGGCUGUCUUAAAAUCAUUGCAAUUAAGACUGCAAACAUGAAUGAUGAAUUAUACUUGUGUAUCUAAAAUCACCAUAAACAGAACAAAUGAACUUUGACUUUUAUCCCAGAUACUUAAAAUUAUAUAGCACUGUUAAAAUGGUGUUUGCUUAACUCUGUGUAAUGGAGGCCAUUUAUUUAAGCAAAGUUUUAGCCAGGUUUAGUGUCUGAAUCAUGAAGCGCCUUGAAAUAACCAACCUGGAUAAUUGUGUAGGGGUUAUUAUGCCAUGUAGAUAGACAUAAAAGCAACUCAAGCCAUGUUAUGGCAUAGUGCGGAAUAGGUUUUUGUCUGUGUUAAUGUGUGUGUCAGUUACAUUUCAAAGGAUUUUUCUCCAGCCUCUAGCACAGACAUGCCCUAUCAUGUUCUGGACUUCUCUUGCACACAAGUAGUAACGUUUUCAUGAACCUCCAGCCUCUAGCACAGACAUGCCCUAUCAUGUUCUGGACUUCUCUUGCACACAAGUAGUAACGUUUUCAUGAACCUCCAGCCUCUAGCACAGACAUGCCCUAUCAUGUUCUGGACUUCUCUUGCACACAAGUAGUAACGUUUUCAUGAACCUCCAGCCUCUAGCACAGACAUGCCCUAUCAUGUUCUGGACUUCUCUUGCACACAAGUAGUAACGUUUUCAUGAACCUCCAGCCUCUAGCACAGACAUGCCCUAUCAUGUUCUGGACUUCUCUUGCACACAAGUAGUAACGUUUUCAUGAACCUCCAGCCUCUAGCACAGACAUGCCCUAUCAUGUUCUGGACUUCUCUUGCACACAAGUAGUAACGUUUUCAUGAACCUCCAGCCUCUAGCACAGACAUGCCCUAUCAUGUUCUGGACUUCUCUUGCACACAAGUAGUAACGUUUUCAUGAACCUCCAGCCUCUAGCACAGACCUGCCCUAUCAUGUUCUGGACUUCUCUUGCACACAAGUAGUAACGUUUUCAUGAACCUCCAGCCUCUAGCACAGACCUGCCCUAUCAUGUUCUGGACUUCUCUUGCACACAAGUAGUAACGUUUUCAUGAACUUCUUUUGUUUUAACGUCAACAGUUGCAUGCCUUGAAAA